AUGUCCACCGAGUCGGAAUACUUCAGAUCAUUGCAAAUCUUGCUCGCCCCUGAUCUUGGUUACACAGAGACAUGCUACAUUGCCUUGAAGGAACGAUACAACCAAGAACGUGUAUUCGUUGAGCUUGGUUUGGGCGGUCACGAGGAUGACAAAGGCUACAAAGCAGGUCGAAGGCUAGUCGACAGUAUCUUCAACCAAUGUCAAUAUGAAAACUGGCUUGUUGGGGGUUCGGGGGCCAAUCGUUUUCUCUAUGAUAAGUCGCUUAAAUUUAUGAACGGUCCCCGAACCCAUCUCUCUGGCUACACUUUGAACUCCUUAUAUGGUGUCCAUGUGUACGACCUCGAGCUGAACGUCUCGAUGGACGACUAUGUUGUCACCCCCUUUUCGAUACUCUGCGCUGAGUUGGUCGGCGACGUUCGAAGCAAGCAUAAUAUCGGCCUUAUCUUCUUCUGUGGCCUACAUGUGGAAAAAGACGGGCCCCUUAGGGGAAGCACUAUAAUUCGGGCCCUCCUGCACCAGAUAUUCCAGAAAAACUUGAACUACUUCACCGCGAACGAUGUCAAGUACAUGUAUACCGACUUUAAGGCAAUGCUGGAAUCACCGGAAGUUGGAUCCCUCGCAUUAUGUGAGAUGUUUUUGAGUGUAGUCCGACUAGCAGAACCUCGGCUCAACGAGCGCGACAAAAAGAUGAUCUGCAUCAUCGACGGUCUCGGCAACAAAGAGUGUUAA